ACCAAAGGGUCAAAAAUGAUGAGAUUAUAUAUAGACAGCGCUGCCCCAGAGAGUCUGAAAGGACUGUGUAUAUUUUUUGUUCGCUGUAAUAAUGACGUGCCUAUAAAUAGUAAAAAUAUUCACGAGGAAGUGCUGUUUACUGUUUUGGAUGCAUCGGACGGACUCUUGAAUGGGAUCAAGAGUAUGUUGUCAAGUAUAUUUCUACCAGCUAUUCUUGCCACAAGCAACUGGGGUGCUUUAAACCAGUCCAAGCAGGGGGAAUCUGAAAAACACAUUUUCACUGAAACCAUCAAUAGGUACCUUUCAUUUUUAGAUGGUGCCAGAAUAAGUAUUGAGGGGACAGUGAUGUUAAAGAAGAUAGACAACAUUGAUUUUUCCAAACUGCAUACCUUUGAAGAAGUGACAGCUGCAGCUAGCAAUUCGGAAACUGUCCGUCAGCUAGAGGAGGUGCUGAUGAUAUGGUACAAACAGAUCGAACAGGUGCUUAUUGAGAGUGAGCAGAUGAGAAAAGAAGCUGAUGACUCAGGUCCACUCACUGAGUUGGAACACUGGAAACGGAUGUCAGCCAAGUUCAACUAUAUCAUCGAGCAGAUUAAAGGGUCAAGUUGUAAGGCUGUCAUCAAUGUGCUGACUGUUGCACACUCCAAACUGUUAAAGAAUUGGCGUGAUUUGGAUGCAAGAAUCACAGAUACAGCAAAUGAAUCAAAAGAUAAUGUUAGAUAUUUGUAUACUCUGGAGAAAGUAUGUCAGCCUCUCUAUAAUUAUGACCUGGUUUCCAUGGCACAUGGAAUACAAAAUUUGAUUAAUGCCAUCAGAAUGAUCCACAGUGUGUCAAGGUAUUACAACACCUCAGAGAGAAUGACCUCGUUAUUUAUCAAAGUAACAAAUCAGAUGGUGACAGCAUGUAAAGCAUAUAUUACUGAUGGAGGAAUAAACCAUGUUUGGGAUCAGGAAACGCCAGUCGUACUAAAGAAAAUUCAGGAUUGCAUUUUUCUAUUCAAGGAAUAUCAGUCAUCUUUUCACAAAACAAGGAAACAGAUUUUAGACUCAUCAGGGGAAAAAUCUUUUGAGGUUUCAGAAAUGUACAUAUUUGGGAAAUUUGAAGCUUUCUGUAAAAGACUGGAGAAGAUUACAGAAAUGAUAACUAUUGUUCAGACAUAUUCAUCCUUGAGUAAUUCUACAAUAGAAGGAAUAGAUAUCAUGGCAAUAAAAUUCAAAAAUAUUUAUCAAGGGGUUGAGAAAAAGCAAUAUGACAUUCUGGAUCCAAGGCGGACAGAAUUCGACAAAGAUUUUGUAGACUUCAUGACAAAAAUCAAUGCUUUAGAGGUACAGAUACAAGCGUUUAUGAACAGUACUUUUGGAAAAAUCUUAUCUUCUCAGCAGGCUCUUCAGCUGCUGCAAAGAUUUCAGAAGCUGAACAUUCCCUGUCUUCAGUUAGAAAUCAAUCACACAAUCGAGCGAAUUCUCCAUUAUUAUGUGGCUGAACUUGAAGCUACGAAAAAGCUUUAUCAUUCUCAAAAAGACGACCCCCCUCUUGCUCGCAAUAUGCCCCCUAUAGCAGGAAAGAUACUUUGGGUGAGGCAGCUCUAUCGCCGGAUAAAUGAGCCCAUCAACUAUUUCUUUAAAAACUCAGACAUUUUGUCAAGCUUGGAAGGAAAAGCUGUCAUCCGUCAGUAUAACAAAAUCUCCUACGUGCUGGUGGAGUUUGAGGUCAUCUACCACACGGCCUGGGUCCGGGAGGUCUCGCAGUUGCAGUAUGCUUUACAAGCCACACUUUUUGUGCGACAUCCAGAAACAGGGAAGUUGCUGGUUAAUUUUGAUCCCAAAAUUUUGGAAAUUGUGCGGGAAACUAAGUGCAUGAUAAAGAUGAAGUUGGAUGUUCCAGAGCAGGCAAAGAGAUUGCUAAAAUUGGAAAAUAAAUUGAAAUCAGACAAAUUGUAUUUGCAGGGUCUUCUGCAGUAUUAUGAUGAUUUAUGUCAGGAAGUCCCUUCAGUGUUUGUCAAUCUGAUGAAUCCUAAAAUGAAAAAGGUGGAAAGUGUGUUGAGACAAGGGCUUACGAUAUUAACCUGGUCAUCUUUAACACUGGAAAGCUUCUUUCAAGAAGUUGAAUCAGUUUUGGAUAUGUUCAAUCAACUUUUAAAGAAGGUCAAUGAUUUGUGUGAAAUGCAUAUUGAUACCGUUCUGAAGGAGAUAGCCAAAACGGUAUUAAUUUCCUUACCUGAAGGUGGUGCUACCAGAGUGGAAGAUAUGUUGACCCUCAACGAGACAUACACAAAAGAAUGGGCUGAUAUUCUAAACCACAAAAGUAAGCAUGUGGAAGAAGCUGUCAGAGAACUUAUAUUAAUAUUUGAGCAAAUUUAUGAAGUGAAAUACACUGGGAAAACAGGAAAAUCAGUAUCAGAACAUCAGAAACACGUUGUUUUUGGAAGUGAGAUGGAGGAGGGUGAAGGCAAUGACUAUGAGCCCAGCAUGGUGAACGAGGGUGACGCUAAUGACAAAGAGGACGAGUUUAAGAAGGAGUGUAAAGAGGUCUUUGCUUUUUUCUCUCAUCAAUUAUUGGACAGUCUUCAAAAAGCUACUCGGUUAUCUUUGGACACAAUGAAGAAAAGAAUAUUUGUUGCAAGCCCUUAUGGACGAAAACGGUCAGAAGAUAUCAUUUCCUUUAUUAAAACCGAAGUACAUCUUGCAAUCCCUAACGUGGUAAUGGUUCCCAGUCUGGAUGACAUUCAGCAAGCCAUUAACCGAAUGAUCCAGUUAACCUUGGAGGUCAGCAGAGGGGUGGCUCACUGGGGUCAGCAGCAGGUCCGCCACAUCAAGUCUGCUAUUUCCAGCCCCACUCGGACCACUACUGACCUGACCCACCCAAGCACAGGAAAGUCUCUGAAGCGGGAAGAAAAAUCUUUUGAAGAGAUUAUUCCUGCGAGGAAGCUGAAGAAUUUUUACCCAGGGGUGGCGGAGCACAAGGAUAUUUCCAAGCUGGUCCUCCUGCUUUCUUCCUCUGUGAAUUCCUUAAGAAAGGCAGCCCAGGAGGCCCUGCAGGACUUUGAGAAAUACAAAAGUCUCUGGACAGAGGACCGAGACGUGAAAGUGAAGGAGUUUUUGGCUAACAACCCCUCUCUGACUGAAAUCAGAUCAGUUCUACAUUACGCUACUUUUGAACAGGAGAUUGAUGAGUUGAAGCCCAUUAUUGUUGUAGGUGCACUUGAAUUGCAUACAGAGCCAAUGAAAUUAGCUUUAUCAAUUGAGGCGAAGGCAUGGAAGAUGUUACUUUGUCGAUAUUUGAAUGAAGAAUACAAAAAGAAAAUGUCAGACAUGAUAGCAUUUAUCAAUGAAUACUUGAAAAAGUUAUCUAGACCUAUUCGUGAUUUAGAUGAUGUCAGAUUUGCAAUGGAAGCCUUGUCUUGUAUCCGUGAUAAUGAAAUCCAAAUGGACAUGACUUUGGGACCAAUUGAAGAAGCCUACGGUAUUUUAAACAGAUUUGAAGUUGAAGUAACCAAAGAAGAGUCAGAAGCUGUUGAUACCUUGAGGUAUUCUUUCAACAAAUUGCAGAGCAAAGCUGUUUCUGUGCAAGACGAACUAGUUCAAGUGCAGCCAAACUUUAAAAGUAAUCUACUCGAGGCUGUGGAGGUUUUUCGUGAGGAUGUAACAAACUUCGCAGAAUCAUAUGAGCGGGAAGGACCCAUGGUUCCAAAUAUACCACCCCAAGAAGCCAGCAACAGGCUACAGAUAUUUCAGGCCAAUUUUGAUGAUCUGUGGAGGAAAUUUGUCACAUAUUCGUCUGGUGAACAACUUUUUGGAUUGCCUGUGACCGACUAUGAGGUUUUACACAAAACCAGAAAAGAACUCAACUUGCUGCAGAAACUGUAUGGACUGUAUGAUACUGUAAUGGGCAGUAUUAGUGGUUAUUAUGAAAUACUUUGGGGAGAUGUAGAUAUUGAAAAAAUCAAUGCAGAGCUGCAGGAAUUCCAAAACAGAUGUCGUAAACUUCCCAAAGGACUGAAAGAUUGGCAAGCUUAUUUGGAUCUGAAAAAAAGAAUUGAUGAUUUCAGUGAGUCGUGUCCUCUGCUAGAAAUGAUGACCAAUAAAGCGAUGAAGCAGAGGCACUGGGACCGGAUCUCCGAGCUAACUGGAACCCCAUUUGAUGUGGAAUCGGAUUCUUUUUGUCUUAGAAACAUCAUGGAAGCACCGCUCCUCAAAAAUAAGGAUGACAUUGAGGAUAUUUGCAUAUCUGCCAGUAAGGAAAAGGAUAUCGAGGCCAAGCUGACGCAGGUGAUUGAGAACUGGACCAACCAGAACCUGAGUUUUUCAGCCUUUAAGGGAAAGGGCGAGCUCCUGCUCAAAGGGACGGAGUCAGGAGAGAUCAUCACUCUGAUGGAGGAUAGUUUAAUGGUCUUAGGCUCCUUACUAAGCAACAGAUAUAAUGCUCCAUAAAAAAAUAUACAGAAUUGGGUGUAUAAAUUGUCCACUUCCUCAGAUAUAAUUGAAGAGUGGCUAGUGCAGAACCUUUGGGUCUACCUGGAAGCUGUCUUUGUAGGUGGAGAUAUUGCCAAACAGCUGCCUCAGGAAGCAAAACGUUUUCAGAAUAUUGACAGCUGGAUAAAAAUAAUGCAGCGCGCUCAUGAGAAUCCCAAUGUGAUCAGUUGCUGUGUUGGAGAUGAAACCAUGGGGCAGCUCUUGCCCCAUCUACAUGAGCAGUUGGAAGUGUGUCAGAAGUCACUUACAGGGUAUUUGGAGAAGAAGCGAUUAUUUCCAAGAUUCUUCUUUGUAUCUGAUCCAGUUCUCCUGGAAAUCCUUGGACAAGCCAGUGAUUCCCAUACCAUACAGCCACAUCUCCCUGCAGUGUCCGACAACAUAAAUGAGGUGACAUUUCAUGCCAAAGACUAUGAUCGUAUGUUGGCCGUCAUAUCAAGAGAAGGAGAAAAAAUUAUUCUGGAUAGUCCUGUGAUGGCCAAGGGUCCUGUAGAGAUUUGGCUUCUGGAUUUGUUGAAAGUGCAGAUGUCAUCCUUACAUAAUAUAAUUAGGUCUGCAUUCUAUCAAAUCAGCGAUUCAGGAUUUCAACUCUUACCUUUCCUCAAUCACUUCCCAGCACAGGUUGGGCUUCUGGGAAUUCAGAUGUUAUGGACACAUGAUUCAGAAGAAGCUUUAAAUAAUGCAAAAGAUGACAGGAAAAUCAUGCAAGCAACCAAUCAGAAAUUUUUGGAUAUUCUUAAUGUUCUUAUUAGCCAGACAACGCAUGACCUAACCAAGUUUGAUAGAGUGAAAUUUGAAACUCUAAUUACCAUCCACGUGCAUCAGAGAGAUAUUUUUGAUGAUUUGGUAAAAAUGCACAUCAAGUCAGUUACCGAUUUUGAAUGGCUGAAACAGAGUAGAUUUUUUAAGGAAGAUUUGGAUCAAACUGUGGUAUCUAUUACCGAUGGAUUUGUUUACCAAAAUGAAUUUCUGGGAUGCACUGAUCGCCUUGUUAUUACUCCACUAACAGAUAGAUGCUACAUCACGUUAGCGCAGGCUUUGGGAAUGAACAUGGGAGGUGCCCCGGCGGGACCUGCGGGCACAGGCAAAACAGAAACCACCAAAGAUAUGGGCAGGUGUUUGGGGAAGUACGUGGUUGUGUUCAACUGCUCAGAUCAGAUGGAUUUCAGAGGCCUUGGAAGGAUUUUCAAAGGUCUUGCACAGUCAGGUUCCUGGGGCUGUUUUGAUGAGUUUAACAGAAUUGAAUUGCCUGUAUUAUCAGUGGCGGCACAACAAAUUUAUAUUGUUUUGACAGCAAGAAAAGAGAGGAAAAAACAGUUCAUAUUUUCUGAUGGUGAUUGUGUUGAUUUAAAUCCAGAAUUUGGAAUCUUCUUAACAAUGAACCCUGGAUAUGCUGGGCGCCAGGAACUGCCAGAAAACUUAAAAAUCCAGUUUAGAACUGUUGCCAUGAUGGUUCCCGACAGACAGAUCAUUAUGCGAGUGAAACUUGCAAGCUGUGGUUUUCUUGAAAAUGUUAUCUUGGCUCAAAAGUUCUAUGUUCUUUACAAACUCUGUGAAGAGCAACUUACCAAGCAGGUCCAUUAUGACUUUGGAUUGAGAAAUAUUCUAUCUGUAUUGAGGACACUUGGAUCUCAAAAAAGAGCCAGACCAGAAGACAGUGAAUUAAGCACAGUCAUGAGAGGACUAAGAGAUAUGAACCUCUCUAAAUUGGUUGAUGAGGAUGAACCCCUUUUCCUCAGCUUAAUUAACGAUCUGUUUCCGGGGUUACAACUGGACAGUAAUACUUAUGCAGAACUGCAGGCUGCUGUCGCCAACCAGGUUCAGCUAGAAGGGUUGAUUAACCACCCACCCUGGAACCUCAAACUUGUACAGUUAUAUGAGACCUCUCUGGUGCGGCAUGGCUUGAUGACUCUUGGGCCCAGUGGUUCCGGGAAGACGACAGUCAUAACAAUUCUGAUGAAGGCGUUAACAGAAUGCGGAAGGCCUCAUAGAGAAAUGCGAAUGAAUCCAAAAGCUAUCACUGCACCCCAGAUGUUUGGCAGGCUGGAUACUGCUACCAAUGACUGGACAGAUGGGAUUUUUUCUACUCUCUGGAGAAAAACACUGAAAACUAAGAAAGGUGAAAACAUCUUCCUCAUUUUAGAUGGCCCGGUGGAUGCCAUUUGGAUUGAGAACUUAAAUUCUGUGUUGGACGACAAUAAAACACUCACGUUGGCUAAUGGGGAUCGUAUUCCCAUGGCCCCGAGUUGCAAGCUUCUGUUUGAAGUCCACAACAUUGAGAAUGCCUCUCCAGCCACGGUUUCUAGGAUGGGCAUGGUCUAUAUCAGCAGCUCCGCUCUCACCUGGAGGCCCAUAUUGCAGGCAUGGCUGAAGAAGCGAACUUCUCAGGAAUCUACUGUGUUCCUGACUCUGUAUGACAAAGCAUUUGAAGAUGCAUAUACAUACAUGAAACUAAGCCUCAGUCCCAAAAUGCAGCUCUUAGAGUGCAAUUAUAUUACGCAAUCUCUCAAUCUUCUGGAAGGUUUAAUUCCUUCCAAAGAAGAAGGUGGUAUUUCAUGUGUGGAACAUCUUCAUAAAUUAUUCGUGUUUGGCCUAAUGUGGAGUUUGGGAGCCCUUUUGGAACUGGAAAGCAGAGAAAAACUUGAAGUCUAUUUACGACAUCAUGAAAGCAAGUUAGACUUACCAGAAAUACCUAAAGGCACCAGUCAAACCAUGUAUGAGUUCUAUGUCACCGAUUAUGGUGAUUGGGAGCACUGGAACAAGAAACUUCAGCCAUACUAUUACCCAACCGACAGUGUUCCAGAAUAUUCAUCAAUUUUGGUUCCAAACGUUGACAAUGUUAGAACAAAUUUUUUGAUGGACACCAUUGCAAAACAGCAUAAAGCUGUUUUGCUCACGGGAGAGCAGGGAACUGCAAAAACUGUAAUGAUUAAGGCCUAUUUGAAAAAGUAUGAUCCUGAGGUCCAUCUAUCCAAAAGUCUAAAUUUUUCAUCUGCCACAGAACCAAUCAUGUUUCAGAGAACGAUUGAAAGCUAUGUGGAUAAGCGAAUGGGAAGCACAUAUGGGCCACCAGGAGGGAGAAAAAUGACUGUAUUUAUUGAUGAUAUUAACAUGCCCGUGAUUAAUGAGUGGGGAGAUCAGAUAACUAAUGAGAUUGUACGACAGAUGAUGGAAAUGGAAGGAAUGUACAGCUUGGAUAAGCCUGGAGACUUCACUACUAUCGUUGAUGUGCAGCUUAUAGCCGCCAUGAUUCACCCUGGAGGUGGUCGAAAUGAUAUUCCACAGCGCUUAAAAAGACAAUUCACGGUGUUUAAUUGCACGCUGCCUUCAAAUGCUUCAAUAGACAAAAUUUUUGGAAUUAUUGGCUGUGGAUACUUUGAUCCUUGUAGAAAGUUCAAACCUGAAAUAUGUGAGAUGAUUAUGCAGUUAGUCUCAACGGGCAGAGUGUUGUGGCAGUGGACUAAGAUAAAGAUGCUGCCAACUCCUUCUAAAUUUCAUUACAUCUUUAAUCUUCGUGAUCUUUCCAGGAUUUGGCAAGGAAUGUUAACCAUAAAAGCUGAGGAGUGUAGCUCAAUGUCUGUCCUCAUGUCACUUUUCAAACACGAGUGCAACAGAGUAAUUGCAGACAGAUUUAUAACUCCUGAAGAUGAGCACUGGUUUAACGUACAUCUUAUUCGUGCCGUUGAAGAAAAUAUUAGCUCUGAAGCAGCAUCGGCUAUUCUGCCUGAACCAUACUUUGUGGAUUUUCUUCGUGAGAUGCCUGAACCAACCGGUGAUGAACCUGAAGACACUGUGUUUGAAGUACCCAAAAUCUACGAACUGAUACCAUCCUUUGAAUUUUUGGCUGAAAAACUGCAGUUUUAUCAGAAGCAGUUCAAUGAAAUCAUUAGAGGAACUUCUCUUGACUUGGUGUUUUUUAAAGAUGCAAUGACUCAUCUAAUUAAGAUUUCACGUGUAAUUCGAACUUCCUGUGGAAACGCAUUGCUGGUGGGUGUCGGUGGUUCAGGAAAACAAAGUCUUUCAAGAUUGGCCUCUUUUAUAGCUGGAUACCAGAUAUUCCAGAUAACAUUAACCAGGUCUUACAACGUCAAUAAUCUAACAGAUGACUUAAAAUCUUUGUACAAAGUUGCUGGUGCUGAAGGGAAAGGCAUCACCUUCAUCUUUACUGACAAUGAGAUAAAAGACGAGGCAUUUCUAGAAUACCUUAACAACUUGCUGUCUUCAGGGGAGAUCUCCAAUUUGUUUGCACGGGAUGAGAUGGAUGAAAUCACCCAAGGACUAAUAUCCGUGAUGAAACGGGAGCUGCCCCGUCACCCUCCGACCUUUGAUAAUCUGUAUGAGUACUUCAUUUCCAGAUCCAGAAAGAACUUGCAUGUUGUUCUCUGCUUCUCUCCAGUUGGUGAGAAGUUCCGCGCCCGUUCCUUGAAAUUCCCUGGCUUGAUAUCGGGUUGUACCAUGGACUGGUUUAGUCGCUGGCCCAAGGAGGCUCUGGUUGCUGUGGCCUCCUAUUUCCUUUUGGACUAUAAUAUUGUCUGCUCUAGUGAAAUUAAAAGACAAGUUGUAGAAACAAUGGGCCUCUUUCAUGACAUGGUUUCUGAGAGCUGUGAAAGUUAUUUCCAAAGAUACCGCCGAAGAGCACAUGUGACUCCCAAGUCGUAUCUCUCAUUUAUCAAUGGUUACAAAAACAUUUACACUGACAAAGUGAAAUUUAUUAACGACCAAGCAGAACGUAUGAAUAUUGGUCUUGAUAAACUUAUGGAGGCAAGUGAAUCCGUUGCUAAACUCUCUCAGGAUCUUGCAGUAAAGGAGAAGGAAUUGGCCGUGGCUUCUAUAAAAGCAGAUGAAGUGUUAGCAGAAGUCACAGUAAGUGCUCAGGCUUCAGCCAAAGUUAAAAAUGAAGUGCAAGAGGUAAAAGACAAAGCCCAGAAAAUUGUGGAUGAAAUCGAUAGUGAAAAAGUAAUCGCUGAGACCAAACUCGAGGCCGCCAGACCUGCGCUGGAGGAAGCAGAAGCUGCCCUGAAUACUAUCAAACCAAAUGAUAUUGCCACAGUCCGGAAACUUGCAAAACCACCACAUCUUAUUAUGAGAAUCAUGGACUGUGUGCUGCUACUGUUUCAAAAGAAAAUUGACCCUGUUACAAUGGAUCCUGAAAAACCUUGCUGCAAGCCAUCAUGGGCAGAGUCAUUAAAGCUGAUGAGUGCGACAGGAUUCUUGUGGAGUCUGCAGCAGUUCCCCAAGGACACCAUAAAUGAAGAGACUGUUGAGUUACUACAGCCAUAUUUCAAUAUGGAUGAUUACUCUUUUGAAAGUGCCAAAAAAGUCUGCGGGAACGUGGCUGGUCUGCUGUCUUGGACGCUUGCUAUGGCGACCUUCUAUGGCAUCAACAAGGAAGUGUUGCCUCUGAAGGCAAACCUGGCCAAGCAGGAAGGCCGCUUAGCCGUUGCUAACGCCGAGUUAGGGAAGGCCCAGGCCCUGCUGGAUGAGAAGCAAGCCGAGCUGGACAAAGUGCAAGCAAAAUUUGAUUCAGCCAUGAAUGAGAAAAUGGAUCUGCUCAAUGAUGCAGACAUGUGCCGGAAAAAGAUGCAGGCAGCGUCCACUCUCAUCGAUGGGCUGAGUGGAGAAAAAGUCCGAUGGACCCAACAAAGUAGAGAGUUCAAAGCUCAGAUUAAUAGACUUGUGGGUGACAUUCUGCUGUGCACCGGCUUCCUGUCCUACCUGGGUCCAUUCAACCAGAUAUUUAGGAACUACUUGCUUAAAGAGCAGUGGGAGAUAGAGUUGAGAGCACGGAAAAUUCCUUUCACUGAAAACCUGAAUCUUAUUUCAAUGCUGGUGGAUCCUCCAACUAUUGGUGAGUGGGGGCUUCAGGGUCUACCAGGUGAUGAUCUCUCAAUUCAGAAUGGCAUUAUUGUGACAAAGGCCACCAGAUACCCACUCCUCAUAGAUCCACAAACACAAGGCAAAACUUGGAUUAAAUCAAAGGAAAAAGAAAAUGAUUUACAGGUGACAUCUCUGAAUCAUAAAUAUUUCCGCACCCACUUGGAGGACAGCCUUUCCUUGGGCCGACCCCUUCUCAUCGAGGACAUUCGUGAAGAACUGGAUCCAGCCUUGGAUAAUGUAUUAGAAAAGAAUUUCAUUAAGUCAGGCUCCACCUUUAAGGUGAAAGUGGGUGAUAAGGAGUGUGAUGUCUUGGAUUCAUUCAAACUUUACAUUACCACAAAGUUACCAAACCCUGCCUUUACCCCCGAGAUCAACGCUAAAACGUCAGUCAUUGACUUCACUGUUACCAUGAAAGGACUGGAGAAUCAGUUACUGAGGAGGGUAAUUCUAACCGAGAAACAGGAGCUAGAAUCCGAGAGGGUUAAACUUUUGGAGGACGUUACUUUUAACAAGCGGAAGAUGAAAGAACUUGAAGACAACCUCCUCUAUAAAUUAAGUGCCACAAAAGGUUCCUUGGUAGAUGAUGAAUCGCUCAUUGGUGUCCUGCGCACUACCAAGCAGACAGCUGCCGAGGUGAGUGAAAAGCUGCACGUGGCUGCGGAAACGGAGAUCAAGAUUAACACGGCUCAGGAAGAGUUCCGGCCUGCGGCCACCCGGGGCAGCAUCCUGUACUUCCUCAUCACCGAGAUGAGCAUGGUCAACAUCAUGUACCAGACGUCGCUGGCCCAGUUCUUGAAGCUCUUUGACCAGUCCAUGGCCAGAUCUGAGAAGUCGCCACUACCUCAAAAGAGAAUUACGAAUAUUAUCGAGUAUCUGACAUAUGACGUUUUUACAUACUCCGUCAGAGGCCUGUACGAAAACCACAAAUUCCUCUUUGCACUCCUCAUGACCUUAAAAAUUGAUCUUCAGAGAGGGACAGUUAAGCACAGAGAGUUUCAGGCUCUCAUUAAAGGGGGUGCCGCUCUGGACCUGAAAGCCUGCCCCCCAAAACCGUUUCGCUGGAUCCUCGACAUGACGUGGCUGAAUCUCGUAGAGCUGAGUAAACUUCCGCAGUUUGCAGAAAUUAUGAACCAGAUAACUCGCAAUGAGAAGGGGUGGAAAAGCUGGUUCGAUAAGGAUUCUCCAGAGGAGGAAAUUAUCCCUGAUGGAUAUAAUGAUUCCCUAGAUACCUGCCACAAGCUUUUACUUAUCAGGUCCUGGUGCCCAGACCGUACUGUUUUUCAAGCCAGAAAGUAUAUUGCAGAUUCUUUGGAGGAGAAGUACACAGAACCUGUUAUCCUGAAUCUGGAGAAAACCUGGGAAGAAAGCGACACGCGGACACCUCUGAUCUGUUUCCUGUCCAUGGGCUCCGACCCUACCAUUCAGAUUGAUGCAUUGGCCAAGAAACUGAAGCUGGAGUGUAGAACCAUCUCAAUGGGACAAGGACAAGAAAUACAUGCUCGGAAGCUGGUCCAGAUGUCAAUGCAGCAGGGUGGUUGGGUAUUACUGCAAAAUUGUCACCUUGGCCUGGAAUUCAUGGAGGAAUUACUGGAGACACUAAUGACCGUCGAAGCUAAUGAUGAGACUUUCCGAGUAUGGAUAACUACUGAGCCCCACGAUCGAUUUCCAAUUACUUUGCUUCAGACUUCUAUCAAAUUCACCAACGAGCCGCCGCAAGGAAUGCGCGCAGGUUUGAAAAGAACAUUUGCCGGGAUCAAUCAAGACCUUCUGGACAUCAGUAAUUUGCCCAUGUGGAAGCCGAUGCUUUACACGGUAGCAUUUUUACACUCCACGGUGCAGGAACGAAGGAAAUUUGGUCCCUUAGGAUGGAACAUUCCUUAUGAAUUCAAUUCUGCUGACUUCUCGGCCAGUGUUCAGUUUAUUCAGAAUCACCUUGAUGAAUGUGAUAUUAAAAAAGGUGUGUCGUGGAGUACAGUUCGGUAUAUGAUUGGAGAAGUACAAUAUGGAGGCAGAGUGACAGAUGACUUUGAUAAACGUCUGCUUAAUUGCUUUGCUAGAGUCUGGUUCAGUGAGAAGAUGUUUGAACCAUCAUUCUGUUUUUAUACUGGGUAUAAAAUCCCUGUGUGCAAAACCUUGGACCAGUAUUUUGAGUACAUCCAGUCGCUGCCAUCCCUAGAUAACCCUGAAGUUUUUGGGCUUCACCCUAAUGCUGAUAUCACGUAUCAGAGUAAUACAGCUUCUGAUGUUCUUGAAACAAUCACCAACAUUCAGCCCAAAGAGAGUGGAGGUGGAGUGGGAGAGACCCGGGAGGCCAUCGUUUACCGACUGUCUGAAGACAUGCUGAGCAAGCUGCCCCCUGACUACGUUCCCCACGAGGUGAAAGCUCGUUUGAUAAAGAUGGGGCAUCUUAAUUCAAUGAAUAUCUUUCUUCGACAAGAAAUCGACAGAAUGCAAAGAGUCAUUUCGAUACUUCGCAGUAGCCUGUGUGAUCUGAAACUGGCCAUCGAGGGGACGAUCAUCAUGAGUGAGAAUUUGAGAGACGCCCUGGACAACAUGUAUGAUGCUCGUAUACCUCAGCUCUGGAAAAGGGUGUCCUGGGAUUCGUCCACACUGGGCUUCUGGUUUACUGAACUUUUGGAAAGAAACGCUCAGUUCUCCACUUGGAUAUUUGAAGGGAGGCCUAAUGUGUUUUGGAUGACUGGUUUCUUUAAUCCCCAAGGCUUCCUCACAGCAAUGAGGCAGGAAGUGACCCGUGCUCACAAAGGCUGGGCACUGGACACGGUGACCAUCCAUAACGAUGUUCUGCGGCAGACCAAGGAGGAGAUCACAACACCCCCUGCGGAAGGUGUGUAUAUUUAUGGGCUGUACAUGGACGGAGCGUCCUGGGACAGACGGAAUGGGAAGCUCACAGAAUCCACCCCCAAGGUGCUCUUCAUGCAGCUGCCAGUGCUACACAUCUUUGCUAUUAACUCCACGGCUCCCAAGGACCCCAAGCUGUACGUGUGUCCUAUUUACAAGAAACCCAAACGAACUGACUUGACCUUCAUCACUGUGGUAUAUUUGCGAACUCUGUUGUCCCCGGAUCACUGGAUCCUGAGAGGAGUGGCCCUUUUGUGCGACAUCAAAUAA